AUGUGCCGACUAUUAGUAAGCAUCUUGUUGCUUCUUUUUUGCCCGCGCUUAAGAGUGCUUGUAAUGAUUAACCUCUAUCAUCGACUAUAUACUGAAGAUCCUUGUUUCACUUCAGGAAAUUCAGUAUAUGUUGUAAGCUUUAGAGAAUAG